AUGGAUCUAAUCCAUUUGUUCCGCUUUCUCUUGUUUUGUCAUCUCGUGCUGAUUUUAUCAGCAGGGUAUGGAAGUGAGCACCAAUACAACUGUCCACGCUCAUUCACUUGUGGAAAUGGUGGGAAUUUUAGUUACCCUUUCACCAAGGCAGAACAACCAGACUGUGGCCUCAUACUCGUAGUUGGCUGUGAUGCCAGUUAUUAUUCACCCAAAUGGAUCCAACUGGAGAAGAAUGCAAAACCCACAGAGCUAACUGCUGUAAUUGACCAGAAUACCAUUACACUUUCUGAUCCAGAUUUUUACGAGCGUUUGCAAUAUAAUGUUUGUGACACUUUGUACCACAACUACACUCUUCCCUCUCCUUCUCCUUUGGUUUCUUUUUAUAUAAACAAUAAUGUAACUCUCUUCCAGUGCAAUAAUAGCCACAAUUUAAAACCCCCUUCAAACUAUUUUAAAUACAACUGCUCUUCCUACAAUAUCUAUUAUGACAGAAAGCAGUAUUCCAAUGUUACUAAAGAGAAAGCGCGUAGUAUUUUUUCAUCCUGCUCCCUACUUCAGUUUCCAUCUAAAGACUUGACUGAUACCGAAAACAUCUUAUCAUUUGUAUCUGGUCAGAUGGUUGUUAAAAUAGUAUUAUCUGCUGAUUGUGAAGAGUGCUGCAACCACAGAGGAGGCCAAUGUAGACUUGAUGCAAACAAUAAGUUCUAUUGUCAUUAUGAAACGGGUACAAAGAAAAAGUGGCUGAAUUGGCGUCUCAAACUGGGUAUAGCAUCAGUAAUUAUUGGAGCUGCAGUGCUGACGUUGUUGGCUUAUUUCAUAAGGACAAAGAACUUCACUCCAGCAUUUCUUUUGUUCAAGAAAGAAAAUUCAAACCAUCAUAUUGUUGAGGAGUAUUUGAAAGAACAUGGACCUCUUCCUGCUGCUGCUAGGUACAGUUAUUCAGAUAUAAAAAAAAUAACAAACUCUUUCAAAAUCAAAUUAGGCCAAGGAGGGUAUGGAAGUGUAUACAAAGGGAAAUUACACGAUGAGCAACCUGUUGCAGUGAAGAUUUUAAGUGAAUCAAAAGGUGAAGGUGAAGAUUUCAUUAACGAAGUUGCAAGUAUUAGUAGAACUUCACAUGUCAAUGUUGUUAGACUUUUGGGAUUCUGUUUGAAUGGUUCUAAAAAAGCCCUGAUAUAUGAAUACAUGUCUAAUGGAUCUCUUGAAAAGUUUAUAUAUGAAGAGAAAAAUCCACUGCAGAAUGAUCGUCAAUUGGAUUGCAAAACUUUGUAUCAUAUUGCAGUUGGUGUUGCUCGUGGAUUAGAAUAUUUGCACAGAGGCUGCAACACUAGAAUCUUGCAUUUUGACAUAAAACCUCAUAAUAUAUUACUGGAUGAGGAUUUUUGUCCAAAGAUUUCUGAUUUUGGACUUGCUAAAAUAUGUCCAAAAAAAGAAAGCAUUGUAUCCAUAUUUGGUGCGAGGGGAACGCCGGGAUAUAUUGCUCCUGAGUUGUUUUCCAGAAACUUUGGUGGCGUGUCACAUAAAUCAGACGUCUACAGCUAUGGAAUGAUGGUGUUAGAGAUGGUUGGUCGAAGAAAGAAUAUUAAGGUUGAAGUUGAUUGUUCUAGCGAGCUAUACUUUCCACAUUGGAUUUAUAAGCGCCUUGAAUUGAAUCAGGAUCUUGGACUUAGGUGUAUUAAAAAUGAAAUUGAUGAAGAAUUGGUAAGGAAAAUGACAGUGGUGAGUUUAUGGUGCAUACAAACCAACCCUUCGAAUCGACCAUCGAUGCAUAAAGUGGUGGAAAUGUUGGAAGGGAGCCUUCAAGUGUUGGAAAUGCCACCCAAACCCUUUUUGUCUUCUCCUUCAACAUCUCCAACUCAUUUAUCGUCUGAAAUACUGUAA